UAAGCGGGACAAAAGGGGGUCUAGAAAGGCUAGGUGGUCUGCUGAGCCACCGAGGACUACAACAAUGCCAGGUGAACCUACACUGGUUGACAUGUUCAAAGACUUUUUGAUUGGCCAGCAACGUAGGGAGGGUGUAUUGGUCCGAGAAAUUCAGCAGUUAAAAACUGCCAUUACCGUGCCUAACAUAACUGCCUCACCUGAUAGCCAAAAUGCUAACCCUCCUCUUAACCUUUUUUCUGAUGGUAGUCUUCGUGUGCAGAUGCCCACAGACACACACAGCCACUCCCAAAUCUCAAGCUUCAACACCAAAUCCUCCUCCGUCUCCGUCCAGAGAUUCUCCCAACACACCUCUGCGUCCAGGUCCAAAGAUGCUUCCUUUCCAAGAGGGAGAGGACAUUGAGAACUUUCUGGUGCGCUUUGAGCGGAUCGCUCGCACCUGGGGCUGGCCUCCAUCUGAAUGGGCUUGUCGGCUCAUUCCUCUCUUGACAGGUAAAGCCCUGGAUGCCUACUCCGCGAUGGAGGAAGACGACUCCAACGUCUACGCUAGCCUUAAAGAAGCACUCCUUGCAAAAUUCGACAUCUCCCCUGAGACAUAUAGACUUCAGUUCCGGUCAACCUACAUACCCCCUGGUGAAUCUCCCAAAGAGACUUAUAACAGACUCAAAGGACUCUACAGAAGAUGGAUCAAGCCAGAGCAGCAGUCCAAAGAUGACAUCGCCGAGCUUGUCAUUCUUGAGCAAAUGCUUCGCAUGCUUCCCAAUGAAAUGAAGACCUGGGUCAAGGAACACGAGCCAGAAGAUGGACUUACUGCGGCUAAGCUUGCAGGCCAGUACUUGAAUGCUCACAAAGGUCUCAGAAUGCCAAGGCAACAGAAUACCCGAGUAGCAGCCCAAGGGGCAGCUGACGUGUCUCACAAAGGAGGUGAGCACAGAGCCAGUGGUCCCGUGAGUGUUCCAGGCACCUUUGGGGAGAAGAAAGGAUUCUGGAGACCGGGUCCAGUGAAGGAUCUCAUCUGCUACCACUGUCAACAGCCAGGGCAUCGGGCCUCAGUCUGUCCUUUGAAAGGGCCCAAACUGUCCAGCUUCUGUUAUGUGCCACAUCCAUCUCUUCCAGCUUCAGUUGUGGCACCGUAUCUUGAACCUGAGCUUGAACCUGACACUGAGCCUCUCAUGAUCCCAGCUCGUGUUAACGGUCGUCCAGUGCAAGCACUACUUGACACAGGUAGCUCUAUGACACUGCUUAACCAUUCCUUUGUCUUGCUUGGCAAUCUUGACUAUCAGCAUGCCACAGCCAUACAGUGUGUCCAUGGUGAUCAAAGAAGAUAUCCAGUGACUGAUGUGACCGUCGUCAUUGAAGACCAGGCUUUCUUGCUCCGUGUGGGGGUUCUUGAGAACAUGCCCCAUGAUAUCUUCUUGGACGGACCUUUGAUUUGGAAACGGACCACCGGGCAUUAAGCUGGAUCAACUCCAUGAGGGAUAAGAACUCCCGUGUCACCAGAUGGUACUUGGCAUUACAGCCAUAUUGCUUCAAUAUUACUCACAGAGCUGGAAAAACGAACUUGCUUGCCGAUUACCUGUCCCGCCUAUCUGAACUUGCAGUUCCUGGAGAGGAGGGAGGUGAUGUGACAGUUUGACCACUGUCCCUGUCUGUUUAACUGCCUAUCAAUAGCGCACAUUGAUGGAUAGUGUAUGAACAGAAAAACUUCAAGCAUACAGUAUAUUCAGGCUCUUUAUUUAAGUAACAAACAAAUACUCACAAACGGUCUCUCCCUCUCACCAUGGCUCUGUACUGCAGACUAAAAGAGUCAGGGUAGGGCUGAGGGCUUUAAAUAUGGUGUCAGGAAACACCUGCUGCCACUAAUUGGCCCAGUUUGGGCCAAACCAUUUUCCCUUGUGUCAAAGGAGGACACUGGACAUUGACAUUGGACAUUAAAGGGCGACAAGCCUAAAUGUACUAGUGGAAAUCACUGAUCUUCAAGAUGAAGUUAACUUUAACGUGCAUGCCGAACUUUUGAUGAGUUUAUUCAUGGUUUAUUUGCAAAAUGCCACAGUAUUAUAAUCCCCCUGUUGAUUGGGCCUGUCUAGUGGGAGGGGCCAUGGGGUAUAAAGGGGUGAGCUGCUGUCCUUCUGACAAGUCUGCUGUAUGCUGUUGCCAGAAGAGGUUGUCGGUGUGGUGCAGGGUGCUCAGCUCUCCACGAGAUGCUAAAUAUCUACUGAGAUGUUUUGGCUUUUGGCCUCCUCUGUAUGUUUGGCACUUAUCUGACACUUUGGGAGAAUAAAUAUUGUUAAAAACCGAUUUGCAACUGUGUGCCUUGCCAUCCUUUGGCUUUGAAAGUCCGGUUUAUUAAGGUAACAUUACCUUCACCCGAGGCGGGGUGUGACAG